CCCGACGCCGCCGCCUUCCUGCGCCGCGGGCCGCUCUGGGGCAGCCGGCGAUGGAACCUCUUCGGCGGCGGCGGUGCCCGCAGGAGCUUCAGCUCCCUGCGCAAGAGCUUCAGCUUCCGCCUGCGGCGCGGCCACGAGCUGCGGCGCUCCGAGUCGGGCGCCCUGCUGCGCCCCGCGCGCCUCCGCACCAAGAGCGAGGGCGACGCCGGCUCCCUGCACACCUGCCCCAGCAAGCGGGAGCUGCUGUGCCCGGAGCUGCCCGGCGCCGGGCUGCGCGCCGAGCCCAGCCAGCCCGCGGGGCUCUGGAAGCUCCUCACGAGCCGCUUCCGACGGCGGGAGCGCGGCCCCGCAGACGAUCGCGGCCCCCUGCGUGCCCUGGAUUCCUUCGUGAACAGCCAGGAAUGGACCCUGAGCCGCUCGGUGCCGGAGCUGAAGGUGGGCAUCGUGGGCAACCUGUCCAGCGGCAAGUCGGCCCUGGUGCACCGCUACCUGACCGGCACCUACGUGCAGGAGGAGUCUCCGGAAGGUGGCCGAUUUAAGAAGGAGAUCGUAGUGGAUGGUCAGAGCUACUUGCUGCUGAUUCGCGAUGAAGGGGGCCCCCCUGAGCUGCAGUUCGCUGCCUGGGUCGAUGCCGUGGUGUUCGUGUUCAGCUUGGAGGACGAAAUCAGCUUCCAGACCGUGUAUAACUACUACCUGCGCCUCUGCAGCUACCGGAACACGGCGGAGGUGCCCAUGGUGCUGGUGGGCACCCAAGAUGCCAUCAGUGCCACAAAUCCCCGAGUCAUUGAUGAUUCCCGAGCGCGGAAGCUCUCCAAUGAUUUGAAGCGCUGCACGUACUAUGAGACCUGUGCUACCUACGGACUGAAUGUGGAGCGAGUCUUCCAGGAUGUGGCCCAGAAGGUGGUGGCUCUACGGAAGAAACAGCAGCUUUCCAUCGGUCCCUGCAAGUCCUUACCCAAUUCACCCAGCCAUUCAUCUGUCUCUGCGGCCUCCAUUCCUUCUGUUCACAUCAACCAGGCCACCAACGGCGGAGGAGCCUUCAGUGACUACUCCUCCUCGGUGCCCUCGACGCCCAGCAUCAGCCAGCGGGAGCUGCGCAUCGAGACCAUCGCCGCCUCCAACACACCCACCCCCAUCCGCAAGCAGUCCAAGCGGCGCUCCAACAUCUUCACGUCUCGAAAGGGCGCAGACCCGGAGCGCGACAAGAAGGCGCCGGAGUGCAAGGCGGACAGCAUCGGCAGUGGGAGGGCCAUUCCCAUGAAGCAGGGCAUUCUCCUCAAACGCAGUGGCAAGUCUCUCAACAAGGAGUGGAAGAAGAAGUACGUGACGCUGUGUGACAACGGAGUCCUCACCUACCACCCCAGCCUGCAUGAUUACAUGCAGAACGUCCAUGGGAAGGAGAUCGAUCUGCUGAGGACGACAGUGAAGGUGCCGGGGAAGCGGCUGCCGCGGGCGACGACGGCGGCAGCGCCGAGCGCCAGCCCCAAGGCCAACGGGCUGGCGAAGGAGCGGAGCAGCAGCCAGCUCGCGGCAGGCACAGGUGCCCCCCACUCGACCAGCAGCACUUCGCUGCACUCGGAGCGCUCCGUCAGCGGCAUCAACCUGGUGGGCUUCAGCUCCAAGCCGGACGGCAUGCACCAGCGCUCCUACUCCGUCUCCAGCGCAGACCAGUGGAACGAGGCUGUGGCCGUCCCGAGCGGCUGCCCCAAUCCUGCUAAUGGCACUGCCGAUUCGCUCAGCUCCAGCCCGAACAUUUCCAACACUGCCAGUCCAAAGCUGGAACCACCCCCGUCUCCGCAUGCAAACAGGAAGAAACAUCGCAGGAAAAAGAGCACCGGGACAACACGGCCCGACGGCCCCAGCACCACAGCAGAAGAACCAGAUGAGCCAUUUGAGUUCAUUAUCGUUUCCCUGACGGGUCAGACAUGGCUCUUUGAGGCCUCCACAUCGGAGGAGCGAGAGCUUUGGGUCCAGGCCAUCGAGAGCCAGAUCCUGGCCAGCCUGCAGGGCUGCGAGAGCAGCAAGAAUAAGGCUCGUCUGGGCAGCCAGGGCGACGCGCAGGCCAUGCAGGCCGUGCGCACGGCGCGCGGGAACAGCUUCUGCGUGGACUGCGAUGCCCCGAAUCCCGACUGGGCCAGCCUCAACCUGGGCGCCCUCAUGUGCAUUGAGUGCUCGGGCAUCCACCGGAACCUGGGCACCCACCUGUCCCGCGUGCGCUCCCUCGACCUGGACGACUGGCCCAGCGAGCUGCUCACGGUGAUGACGGCCAUUGGCAACGCGCUCGCCAACGCCGUGUGGGAGGGCGCCGUGGAGGGCUACCCCAAGCCCACCCCGGAGAGCAGCCGGGAGGAGAAGGAGCGCUGGAUCCGGGCCAAGUACGAGCAAAAGCUCUUCCUGGCGCCACUGCCGCUGUCAGACAUUCCACUGGGGCAGCAGCUGUUGCGGGCGGUGGUGGAGGACGACCUGCGCCUCGUGGUGACGCUGCUGGCCCACGGCACCAAGGAAGAGGUGAAUGAGACCUACGGCGACGGGGAUGGCCGCACGGCCCUGCACCUCUCCUGCGCCAUGGCCAACGUGGUCUUCACGCAGCUGCUCAUCUGGUACGGCGUGGACGUGAGGAGCCGAGACGCACGGGGGCUGACGCCGCUGGCCUACGCGCGGCGGGCCGGCAGCCAGGAGUGCGCUGACAUCCUGCUGCAGCACGGCUGCCCCGCGGACGGCGCCGGCCCGUCGCUGACGCCCAGCCUGCCGCGCCGCAACGCCAACGCCAACAACAACGCGGGCGCCGACCUUGCUCCCACCGCCGCGCCUGUCUAG